AUGGAGUCCAUCCUCUGUCUGUGUGUGUUACUUGUUGGGCUUCAUGCUGUUGUCCAGCCUCAUCACGUACCUGACCAUCACAAUGAUCAGGAUGGUCAGACAGAUAUUAAUCCCCCACAGCAGCUUACCUCAGUUGGAGGCAAUGUUGUAACUGAAAUUAUGACCUUUCUCAAACUAGCUCCUAGCAAUGCUGACUUUGCAUUUAGAUUCUACAAGCAGAUUAAAUCAGAAGCAGCUGACAAGAAUAUUUUCUUCUCUCCUCUAAGCAUCUCCACUGCCUUUGCAAUGCUGACAUUAGGUGCCAAGUCAACCACUCUAAGUCAAAUUCACAAAGGACUCUGCUUUAACCCGACAGAGAUUGAGGAGAGGGAGAUACAUGAAGGUUUUCAUCAUCUCAUCCACAUGUUAAACCGUCCUGACAGUGAGAUCCAGCUGAAUAUUGGAAAUGCCCUUUUUGUAGAUGAUCAACUGACACUACUAGAGAAGUUUUUGGCUGAAGUCAAAAGUCUGUAUGAGUCUGAAACUUUUCCUAGUAACUUCCAGAAUUUUGCAGUAGCUGAGAAACAGAUCAAUGAUUACAUACAGAAGAAAACUCAUGGGAAAAUUGCCAACUUGGUCAAAGAAAUCAACCUGUACUUUCCAGCAUUCUCUGUAUCUGGUACCUCUGAUGUGAAAGAUCUGUUUGAGAAAAUGAGUGUGAUCGAUGUAUUCACUGAUGAAGCUGAUUUGUCUGGAAUCACAGAGAAAGCUAAACUGAAGGUGUCGAAAGUUGUUCACAAGACCCUGAUGGAUGUUCAUGAGAAUGGUACUGAGGCUGCAGCAAUCACUGUGAUGGAGAUUAUACAGCUGUCUGAUACAUUUCCUCCUCCUCCUCCCAUUAAAUUCAACAGGCCCUUCCUGAUGAUGAUUCUUGAAAAACCCACCCAACGCAUCCUCUUUAUGGGGAGAAUCAUAAACCCUACUGAAAAAUAACUGUCCAGCCACUCUACAUGCCCCAGUGAUUUGAAUGAGUAGUGUGCAAAUUCUUAUGAGCAUGUGCAUGUACAACAGACAAAUUGGUGCUAGUGACCGUAACUGAAUUGUAAUUGAUAUAAAUUCCAUACAAACAAAACACGACUGUGGUGUCUUGAUGUCUACAGACAGCCCAGUACUGUGUAGUGGACAUGUAUUAUAAGUUGGGGGAAAUGGGAUAGUGAGGUAGAGAUCACAGGAAAGUUGUUUGAAAGUGGUAAGAAAGGUUGGUGGAGACAUCAGAGGAAAAAGUGCUGCUUGGUCCCCUCUUCCACCCCAUCCCCCUUUACAGAAUAAAGAACUGGGGCACUUCGCAGGAUGGGAGAAGAUUUAAUUUAUCCUUCCGUGGCCCCUACAUGGUUCUCUCCUAGUCCCAAACUCUCCACCUACAAUCCAGAUUUCCUCCCAUCAUCUCCCACUACAUCAUGCCAUCCUCCCCCCAAAAGAAUUCAUUCCAUUCUCCCUUAGACUCAACCUUGCCAGCCUAGGCCAUCCCACUCCUGGGCUCUCUGCAACUCCCUCUAGCUCAGCCUCCGGCUUAGGAACACCCAUUUUCAGGCUGAGAACACCUCUUCUCCCUGUUAAACCCCUCCCAUGAUCACAGCAAUGCCUCUCAGCUCUGAAACCCUCUCCCACCACAAGCUCCAGGGCUGAGAACACAAAUAUACGCAAGCCCCAGAAUAACUUUUCCUGGGGGUUAUAACUCUUCCCCUUCCAACCUGACAGCCACCACCAGGCUUAAAAUCUCCUUUCUCUCAAAGCUCAGAUAUCCCCACAUCAACUUCCCCUUUUUGGUGGACUUAGGGAAGCAGGACCAGAGACCUCAAGGUGUCCUAUACUCUGAAG